UAAAGAAUUCGAUACUAUAUACGAGAUGGUACGCGAAUAGUAUUUUUGUAUUUAAGUAAAUCUUUCACCCCUUUUAUGGAAUAGGCAGUUUGAUAUUGAAGUAGUUAUAUUAAUAGUUUAAUUUUAAUUUUAUUUGCUAUAGAGUGAUUCGAAUCAAAAAUGCAGAACCCUGACGAAGAUACAGAAUGGAACGACAUACUGCGUGCCAAAGGAAUUAUUCCAAAGAAAAAAGAAAAGGAAAUUACAGAAGAAGAUGUGAUCAAUCUAGUGGAACAGACAGUCCGGGAAAAACAAAACGGGGAAAAAAAAGAUAUGGUUGAUAUGUCAUUGGAUGAAUUAGAUGAAUUAGAGGAUGAUGAAGAUGAGCGAAUUUUAGAAGAAUUUCGUAGACGCAGAAUAGCCGAGUUGAAGGCACAAGCACAAAAAAAUGUUUUUGGUGAUGUAAUAGAAAUAAGUGGUCAGGAUUUUGUGAAUCAAAUUAAUAAAGCAGGUUCUGGAGUUUGGGUUGUUUUGCUAUUAUAUAAACAAGGCAUUCCAAUUUGUGCGCUGUUAACUGAGCAUUUAAAUCAUUUAGCAAGGAAAUUUCCCGCUACAAAAUUUGUCAAGAGUAUUUCAACAACUUGCAUCCCAAACUAUCCUGAUGCUAAUUUACCAACUAUUUUUAUUUAUAAUGAAGGAGAUCUAAAACAACAAUUAGUGGGACCAAGACUAUUUUCAACAUCAAUAACUUUAGAUGAGUUUGAAUGGAUGUUGAGUCAAACAGGAGCAGUAAAAACUACGUUAAAAGAUAAUCCUAGACAGAAGACUAGAGAUGUUUUAUUUGAUAAUUUACGCACUAGUAUGUGAUGAAAUUUAUCAAUAUUUUUAAGUUUAUA